CAUCAAUCUUAUUAAAUCAUUAGUUAUUCUGAUUUCUUUCUAGUAUUCAGUACUCUAGGUUUAUUAAUUUAAUAAUUUACCAUGCGAAUGAUUACUUUUAGUAUACUUCGUCAUUUUAAAUAUAAUAAUUUGGCGUAUAAUAUAACAAGGAGAUUGAAAAGCGAUGCAGUCGAAGUUAAGUCAGACGAUUUAAAAACAACAGGUUCAUCGCCUGAUCCUGAUUAUAUAGAAGUAUUACCAUCAUGGCCCGAAGGGGAAGCAAUUAUGCGCAUAAACGCCACAAGUUCUAUGAGGAUUUACCCGAAUUUUGUGUCUGAAGAAGAAGAGGCAUCUUUAUUGGCAGAAGUUGAACCGCAGCUGAAGAGAUUGAGAUAUGAAUAUGAUCAUUGGGAUAAUGCCAUAGAAGGAUAUCGUGAAACGGAACGUGACUCUUGGAAUAACCAGAAUGCUGCUAUACUAAAGAGAGUACGUGACACGGCAUUCCAACCCAAUGCACAGCUCUUGCCUCGCGCGCAUAUACUGGACCUGGCAGCUGCUGGGUAUAUUAAACCUCAUAUUGAUGCUGUCCGGUUUUGUGGCAAUACAAUAGCUGGACUUUGUCUUCUGUCAAGUGCGGUGAUGCGACUGGUUCACGAAUCCCGACCUGAAUUUCAGUUGGAUGCGUUACUUGAACGACGCUGUCUCUAUGUCAUGAGGGACGUAUCUCGCUACGAGUUCACACACGCGGUGCUGGGAGGUGAACAUAGUAUGUGGCGAGGUGAGAAGUUGCCGCGGCGCCGGCGCAUCGCUGUCAUAUGCAGGGAGCGUCCAUUGCCAGAACAUCGCGAAUAAACGUAUUACAAGUGACCAUUAUAGUUUUACCGUUCGGCUAAACAUAUUUAUACCUUGACUCUAGAAUACCAUGGCAGGA